AUGGGCGCGCUGGCCCGGGCGCUGCUGUGGCCGCUGCUGGCCCCGUGGCUGCUGCCCGCCGCCCCGGCGCUGCCCGCCGCGCCCCUCACGCUGCCCCUCCGCGUGGCCGCGCCGGCCCCCGGGCCCGGGCCCCCCGCCGCGCCCCGCGCCGCCGACGGGCUCGCCCUGGCCCUGGAGCCAGAGCCGGAGCCGGCCGGGGGCGCGGCCAGCCUCCUGGCCAUGGUGGACAACCUGCGGGGGGACUCGGGCCGCGGCUACUACCUGGAGGUGCUGAUCGGGACCCCCCCGCAGAAGCUGCAGAUUCUCGUGGACACCGGGAGCAGCAACUUCGCUGUGGCCGGCGCCCCGCAUCCGAACAUAGACUCCUACUUUGACAGCCAGAGGUCCAGCACGUUCCACCCCAAGGGCUUUGAUGUCACCGUGAAGUACACGCAGGGCAGCUGGACGGGCGCCGUGGGGGAGGACCUGGUCACCAUCACCAAGGGCCUCAACGCUUCCUUCCUCGUCAACAUCGCCACCAUCUUCGAAUCGGAGAGUUUCUUCCUGCCGGGGAUACAGUGGAACGGCAUCCUCGGGCUCGCCUACGGGGCCCUGGCCAAGCCGUCAAGUUCUCUGGAGACCUUUUUCGACUCCCUCGUGAGGCAAGCCGGAAUCCCCAACAUCUUCUCCAUGCAGAUGUGCGGGGCGGGACUGCCGGCGGCCGGAUCGGGUACCAACGGAGGUAGUCUUGUCCUGGGAGGAGUCGAACCGAGUCUGUACAAAGGAGACAUCUGGUACACCCCGAUUAAGGAGGAGUGGUAUUAUCAGAUCGAAAUCUUGAAGUUGGAAGUCGGAGGCCAGAGCCUUAAUCUGGACUGCAGAGAGUAUAACGCAGACAAGGCCAUCGUGGACAGCGGCACCACCCUGCUGCGCCUGCCCCUGAAGGUGUUCAAUGCUGUGGUCGACGGCGUGGCCCGCGCGUCUCUGAUUCCAGAAUUCUCGGAUGGUUUCUGGACUGGAUCCCAGCUGGCAUGCUGGCCGAGUCCCGAAACACCUUGGUCUUACUUCCCGAAAAUCUCCAUCUACCUGAGAGACGAGAACUCCAGCAGAUCCUUCCGCCUCACUAUCCUGCCUCAGCUUUACAUUCAGCCCAUGAUGAGGGCUGGCCUGAAUUACGAGUGCUACCGAUUUGGCAUUUCACCGUCCACGAAUGCGCUGGUGAUUGGUGCUACCGUGAUGGAGGGCUUCUACGUGAUCUUCGACAGAGCUCGGAAGAGGGUGGGCUUCGCGGCAAGUCCCUGUGCAGAAAUCGCAGGGACCCCGGUGUCUGAAAUUUCUGGGCCCUUCUCAACAGACGACAUAGCCAGCAACUGUGUCCCCACUCUGCCUUUGAGCGAGCCCGUUUUGUGGAUCGUCUCCUAUACGCUCUUGAGCGUGUGUGGAAUCAUCCUUCUCACCUUAAUCAUCCUGCUGCUCCUCCCGUACCAGUGUCGGCGUGUGCUCCAGGACCCCGAGGCCGUCAACGAUGAGUCCUCCCUGGUCCGGCACCGCUGGAAAUGA